CUGGAAGGUACAAUACAAAAGUGAAUAAUGAAAUUGGUAGCUUUGCUUCUACUGUGUAGUGUUCUAUGUCUAUCACCGGGAAACUGCUCCAGAGAUCGUAUUACCAUCAGUCAGUUUCUUUCAUUUCUUCAUAAAAUUUCGGAACUUUGCGAUGAAUUACGAAAAAAAUAUAAAUCAGAUCAACUUGUUCCUUUCAAAUUUGCCUAUGUUUAUAAAACCUAUAAUGUUGCUCAUCUUUAUCGGGGACUUCCCGCGACGUAUCGCGAUUGGUUGAGACAGUUCCAUGUAGAUCCAAAACCAACAACUCCACCAUCUACGCCAAUAACUUCAACAAUGGAUACAUCUACCGAAUCGAUGUCGUCAACCAUAGACACAACUGAAACAGAAUCUACAGAAACUUCAUCAAAAGAAACUUCAACCACCGAAGGGACAACAGGGAAGUCGACCACAGAUGAGCCUACAACGGAAUCUUCUACAGAAGAUAUGGUAACGCAAUCUUCCACAGAGGAGACAUCAACUGAAAGCUCAAGCUCCGAAGUUACAUCCACAUCCAGUUCUUCAAUAGAGACCUCAUCUACGGACAAAGAAAUGGAAAGUAAAACGACCUCUUCAGAGACUGAUUCAACUAUGUGCACCCUUGAAGCUUCAACUAUGCCUGUUGAGAGACAUAUCGUAUUCAAACGAGCUGUUCGAGCAAACAACAACGAAGAGGAAGAUGCUCGGAGAGUGGUUAACGUCUUGAAUGAGGUUACUGAUUUCGCGUCAAAAUGGGCUCUACCUAUUUCUGCGUUUAAAUCCAAACUGCAAUACUUCGAAAAGAAUCUUGUCAACGGAAAGUUCCCUUCGAAAUUUUUCGAAAGAGUAAGAGGUCGACUCUUGGCCUUCCCAAUAAGAAAAGUAACUCCGAAAUUACAAGCUAAUAUCAGAAGGAUUCGGGGGAGGAUUUCUAACUACAUGGUUGAGGCUACUGAUGCAACUGAUUUGGAAAAUAUCAACAUUUUGAUGAAAGCGAUUUAUGAGUUACCCCAAGUGCUUAUCCAGUCUCUGGUUGGAUGAUUCUUGCAAAGGAGUAUCGCUAAAUUGCAUCCCUGUAAAGAAAUGCAUACGAACGCUAUCCUAGGAUUAGUGUCAAAUAUACCUUCUAAAAUCUUUUGGUUUAAAAUUUACUGUAAUAACAUUAUUAGAUAUAAAUACAAUAAAGAAAGGAGAUGAAAACCAA